CCUUCGCUGACGCCCGGGAGGGGCGGGCACGCGCGCGGCUGCGCCCGGUGCACAGGGAUGCUGCUGUCCCGGGGGCCCCGUCGCCCGGCUGUGGCCACUCCUGCCGGCCCCUGAAGCCGCUGGCCGGAGCGCGCCGCCGCCGGGCUCCCGCAGCCGUCAGAGACACCCUUCCUAGCCAUCCAGCCUCCGGGUCCUCUCAUUUGGACCCAUGGAGCCGGCGGUGUUGGCUCCGCACCACCUUCCGCACCACGAACCCAUCAGCUUCGGCAUAGAUCAGAUCCUGAGCGGUCCCGAACCCCCGGGGGGCGGUCUGGGCCAGGGUCAGGCGGGCCAGAGCCACGGGGAGAAUGCAACGUUCUCGGGUGGAUUCCACGGAGCCUCCGGCUAUGCUCCGGCCGGCUCAUUGGCCCCGUUGCCCAGAGGCACGGGAGUGGGCCCGGGCGGCGUGAUCCGUGUCCCCGCGCACCGCCCGUUGCCGGUGCCGCCGCCCUCGGGAGCGGCCCCCGCGGUGCCCGGACCCUCGGGUUUGGGCGGCGCCGGGGGCCUAGCGGGACUCACCUUCCCCUGGAUGGACAGCGGCCGCCGCUUUGCUAAGGACAGGCUUACGGCUGUGCUCUCGCCCUUCUCUGGGACACGUCGCAUAGGCCACCCCUACCAAAACCGGACCCCCCCGAAGCGCAAGAAGCCGCGCACCUCCUUUUCCCGCUCGCAGGUGCUGGAGCUGGAGCGCCGCUUCCUGCGCCAGAAGUACCUGGCCUCGGCAGAGAGGGCGGCGCUGGCCAAGGCCCUGCGCAUGACCGACGCGCAGGUCAAGACCUGGUUCCAGAAUCGACGCACCAAGUGGCGGCGUCAGACGGCUGAGGAGCGCGAGGCGGAGCGGCAUCGUGCGGGUCGCCUGCUGUUGCACCUGCAGCAGGACGCACUGCCCCGGCCGCUGCGGCCGCCGCUGCCCCCGGACCCGCUCUGCCUGCACAACUCUUCGCUCUUCGCGCUGCAGAAUCUGCAGCCCUGGGCCGAAGACAACAAGGUGGCUUCGGUGUCCGGACUCGCCUCGGUGGUGUGAGCGACCCCUUCCCGAGGAGCGCUACCGCGGCAGUGUGCGGUGCCGCCAGCGGACCGUGUGGAGCAGAAGGCCUGCGACUGUCCUCCGAGGCUCCUCGGCCACCAAGCGGCCCCUGUCCUGCACUUUGACUCUGCCCUUCCACUGCAUUUUUGGACCCGCUGGAACUUGGGUCGCGAGGGCAAGCUGCAGGAUGUAGUAAAUGGGGCACGGAUGCUGCCAUGCACUUGCGAUUCUGCCCAGAGUGGGCUCAGAGCUCAGGUUCCACUGGGAAGGGGCCACUGAGCUGGUGUGAAGGAAGAUCUCAAGGACAUCGGGGUAAUGGAAGAGGUGUUGGUACGCGCGCGCGCGAAUGUGGCUGACUAUGACAGGGACCAGAUUGUCCACCUCAUCCCCUCAACGGUA